UCAGGUGACCAGGAACAACAACUGAACCAUGGAGAUAUGGUUGAACCAAUCAUCCACAGAUGACUUUAUCCUCUUGGGAAUCUUCUCCCACAAUUCAACUGAUACUGUUCUUUUCUCUGUGGUCAUGAUAGUCUUCACAGUGGCCCUUUGUGGGAAUGUUCUCCUCAUCUUCCUCAUCUACCUUGAUCCACGACUUCAUACUCCCAUGUACUUCUUCCUCAAUCAGCUCUCUCUCAUGGACCUCAUGUUGGUCUGUACUAAUGUGCCAAAGAUGGCAGUCAACUUUCUGUCUGGCAGCAAGUCCAUCUCCUUUGUGGGAUGUGGUACACAAAUUGGCCUCUUUGUCUCUCUUGUGGGAUCUGAGGGGCUUUUGCUGGGACUCAUGGCUUAUGACCGCUAUGUGGCCAUUAGCCAUCCACUUCAUUAUCCCAUCCUCAUGAAUCAGAAGGUCUGUCUCCAGAUCGUUGGGAGCUCCUGGGCCUUUGGGGUAAUAGAUGGAUUGGUCCAGAUGGUGGUGGUAAUGACCUUCCCUUACUGUGGCUUAAGGGUGGUGAACCACUUCUUCUGUGAGUUGCUGUCUUUGUUGAAGCUGGUCUGUAUAGACACAUCUGUGUUUGAGAAGGUGGUAUUUGUUUGCUGUGUCUUCAUGCUGCUCUUUCCCUUCUCCAUCAUCAUUGCCUCCUAUGCUCGCAUACUGGGUGCUGUGCUUCAUCUGCGUUCUACUCAGUCCCGGAAAAAGGCUCUGGCCACCUGCUCCUCCCACCUGACAGCUGUCUCCCUCUUCUAUGGGACAGCCAUGUUCACCUACCUGAGGCCUCAGCAAUACCGGACCCCUAGUCAUGACAAGGUAGUCUCUGUCUUCUACACGGUCCUUACUCCUAUGAUCAACCCCCUCAUUUAUAGCUUGAGGAACCAGGAGGUGAUGGGGGCACUGAGAAAAGGGUUGGACCAUUGCAGGAUUGGCAGUCAGCACUGA